GCGGGAUGCCGGGGCCGUGCUGAGCAGUCCCGCCCGCUUCGCCGGCCUUCCCUCGUCCUCUCUGGGACGUGGCGUCUCGGGGCUCGGACCCGCGACCGGCGGCCCCGGAGAGCGCGCCCCGCGGAUGGACGCGCCGGGGGACUCGGAGGGCCCACCGCCCCCCGCAGGUGAUGGCCCUGCAGCAAGUGCAAGAGAGACACCCAACCGGCUUUCGAGAAAACAGCUUUUAGUUCUGAUCUCGGCAGCUUCCAUGAACUUAGGCUCUAUGAUGAGCUAUUCCAUCCUUGGACCCUUUUUCCCCAAGGAGGCUGAAAAGAAAGGUGCCAGCAAUACAGUUAUCGGUAUGAUCUUUGGAUGUUAUGCUUUGGUUCACCUGCUGGCCUCUUUGUUAUUUGGAAAAUAUCUUGUACAUAUUGGAGCGAAAUUUAUGUUUGUAGCAGGAAUGUUUGUCUCAGGAGGAGUUACAAUUCUCUUUGGUGUAUUGGACCAAGUCCCGGCAGGACCAGUGUUUGUUGCUAUGUGUUUUCUAGUGAGAAUAGCAGAUGCAGUAAGCUUUGCUGCAGCAAUAACUGCUUCUUUUUCUAUCCUCACAAAGACUUUCCCAAAUAAUGUGGCUACAGCACUGGGAAGUCUUGAGAUUUUUUCUGGACUGGGACUAGUAUUGGGGCCUCCUUUAGGUGGCUUAUUGUAUCAAUCCUUUGGCUAUGAGGUGCCUUUUAUUCUUCUUGGAUGCAUAACUUUCCUAAUGGUACCACUCAACAUGUGUAUUUUACCUGAUUAUGAAUCUAGUCCAGGUAAACAGUCAUUCUGGAAACUCAUCACUUUACCCAAGGUGGCCCUCAUAUCCCUCAUCAUCAGCUCGCUCAGCGCGUGUUUUGGCUUCCUUGAUCCCACUCUGUCUCUCUUUGUUGUGAAGAAGUUUAAUUUACCAGCUGGAUACGUGGGACUGGUAUUCCUGGGUUUGGCACUCUCCUACACCAUUGCUUCACCACUCUUUGGUCUACUAAGUGAUAAAAUGCCACAUCUAAGGAAAUGGUUUCUGGUUUUUGGAAACUUAAUCACAGCUGGGUGCUACAUGCUGUUAGGACCCGUCCCAGUCUUGCACAUUCAAAGUCAGCUGUGGCUGCUGGUGUUGAUGUUAGUUAUCAAUGGCAUCUCUGCUGGAAUGAGUUUAAUCCCAACUUUCCCGGAGAUCCUCAGUUGUGCCUAUGAAAACGGAUUUGAAGAAGAUUUAAGUACAUUGGCACUCGUGUCAGGUCUCUUUAGUGCAGUGUGGUCAGUUGGUGCUUUUAUUGGACCCACACUGGGUGGAUUUCUGUAUGAGAAAAUUGGUUUUGAAUGGGCAGCAGCUAUACAAGGUCUGUGGGCUCUGACAAGUGGAUUAGUGAUGGGCUUGUUUUAUCUAUUGGAGUACUCAAGGAAACGAAGAAGGUAUGGUCAACUCUUGAUUUUUUUUUUUCUCCCUUUAAAAGUCAGCUGUGGGAAUGAAAAAGAAAUAGCAUUUUACCUCCAUUCUUCCAGUCAGCAGAUUCCUGGGCACUCUGAGCCUCAGGACUUGGUAGACACCUUUAAGGAGGUAGUUGGGUAGAGAUUGUAAGUACUGAGUUUUUUUUAAGAUGAGAAAUAUUAAGGCUCUUCUUUCCUUCAAUGUAGAUCUGAACUUCAAAAUAUCCUUUGUACAGAGGAGGAACAAAGUGCUCUCUUGCCUGAUGAAAACCAGCCUUGAAAAUCUCGGAUUGAUGCAGGGUUGGGAGAUGAAUGUUCCUGACCUUGAAUAUUAAAGUUGGAAACUUUGAAAACUGUUCUUAAUUUUACACACAGGACUCCAUGAACCCUACACCAGCAUCCUGGAUGUGUCCACAUAUUUUUGGAUAGUCUGUGAUGGGUGCAUGUACUCUUGUCCUACAAAGGUGACCUGCUGAACCAGCCAUAUUUGAAGCAUUACAUAUGAAAAGAGUAGUUGAAAAUCAACAAAAUUUGAGUUUUUAGGUGAUCAGAGUUGGGCUUGAAGACGUUACUCACCCUAGGUCUCCUGUAUCUCUGUUUACUUUUUAUUCUAAAUGCACUGAUCCUGUGAAUGUACCUUUGUAUAUUAACAUGGAAAGAAAUGAUACGCCUAAAGGAAAGAAUAUGUUUCAAGAUAAUAUAAAUGACUCAAUAUAUGUAGAGCAAUGACUAUGAAAUCAGUUUUGAAGAGA